CGGGUUCCUGGUUUGUUCCCGAUCACUGGAUUGUGAUUGAUUAAGGAAUCAGGCGGCUAGGGUUCUCGCGUCCUCCGUCGAAGAGCCGAAGGGUGGAACGGGACGACUUCUCUCAUCCGCUGCUUCCAGAAGAGCCGCUUCUCCUUCUCUUCCUCCGUCGAUGCCGUCUCCCCUUCAACCACAUCUUGUGGCCUGGGGAAGUUUCUAGUGCUCUUCUUCUCCCUUGCCGUUUCGCGUUCUGGGGUCUUAGCGACGCGCCAUCAAUUGAUCGCUGAGAAUUUUGAUCAUGGAAAGUGUUGGGGAGAAGUCUCGCAAAGAGAAGAGGAAAGAAGCUCGAUUGGCGAAGCAGAAGAACCGAUUCCUCUCGUGGGUUCACCACCAGGGAGGUAAGAAGAAGAAGAAAGCAUCCUUGGAUUCGAAACCACAAACUGAAGAUGUGGCUUUGGAGAAGAAAUCCAAGAAGAGGUUAGACUCUUUGAAGAAGAGGAAGGGGGGUGCAGGGGGUAAAUUGAAGACCAAAUUCCAAGAGUUUUUGGAUAUGGAGAUGGGGAAGGGUAUGGUUAGUGCUGAAGAAGAUCUGGAAAUGGAGAGGAGGCUGGCGAAGAAGCUCAAGGUGAAGAAUGGGAAGCUAGGUGGUGAUGACGAAUUAAAUAUGCUUUUAGGGGGGAUUCCAUCAUUCCUGGACUCCGUGGUAGGUGACACCAGAGAUAUGGAUGAUGAAGCAGAAGAAGACUUUGAUAAUGCAAAGGAGAGUGUGUCAGAUUGUGGUAAUGGAAAGGAGAGUGUGUCAACAAGCAAGAAGAGGCGCGGGAGAAAGAAGUCAUCUGUCUCCUCACUGAAGAAGCCAGAGGAUGAGGUUGCUGUGGAAGUGCCAAUGGAGGAUACUGAGAUGGAUAGUGGGGAUGCCGAGCAGCUUGAUACAUCUGACGAAAAAGAACCACAUGUGGAAGCAACUUCAGUUGAUGCAAGCGUGAAGUAUGUGGCUCCUCACUCGCCAGCUUGUGCAAAUGCUGAGCCAGAAGAGUUUUCUCAGGUUCGCCGUAGAGUGAGAGGACUUCUGAAUAGGCUUUCUGAAUCAAACGUGGAGUCAAUUACAGAAGAAGUGGCUACACUCCUUCGAUCAGUUCCUCGCAGUGUUGGUUGUCAAAUAAUUGGAGAGGAGGUCAUAGCAUCUUGUUCUGGAGGGCCUCGUGGCAGUGAACAGCAUGCUGCUGUUUUUGCAACUUUUGUUGCAGGUUUGGCAUGCUUAGUUGGGAUUGAUUUCAGUGCGAAGCUCCUUGCUUCUCUUGCUAAAUCAUUUGAGGAUGAGUACUUAAAGGAGGAUGGCCUAUCUUUGCGUAAUCUUACAUUACUACUGUCGUAUAUGUGCAUCUUUGGUGUUUGCUCCAGUGAUCUCCUAUAUGAUCUCCUCUCUGUGUUGACAAAGCGCUUGACAGAGUUGGAUGUGUCGACUAUCUUGACAAUUCUACAAUGUUGUGGGAUGAAGCUAAGGAGUGAUGAUCCCACUGCUAUGAAAGAUUUCAUCCUUGGUAUUCAGAGUAGAGUGAAUGAGUUGAAAUCUCUCUCUGAGAGCAAAGAAGAUGGGAAAUCAAAGAUAAACAGUAAAAGAAUGGAAUUCAUGCUCGAGACAAUAUGUGAUAUAAAAAACAACAAGAAAAGGCCAAAAGAAGACACCGCUCAUCAUACACGGAUGAAAAAAUGGCUACAAAAGUUAAGAGCAGAGGAUAUUCUCCUCCGUGGGCUCAAAUGGAGCAGGCUGCUUGAUCCUGAUAAGAAAGGUCAAUGGUGGUUGACAGGAGAUGUUGCACCCACAACAGAUAAUGUUGAAGAUGUGGCAUCGACAAUUAACAAAGAAGUGCUAGAGGCACAAAAGUUGGUACAGCUUGCAGCUGCACAAAGGAUGAACACUGACCUAAGGAGAGCAAUAUUUUGUAUUAUCAUGAGUGGGGAAGAUUAUGUAGAUGCUUUCGAGAAGCUUCUGAGGCUGGAUUUAUCUGGGAAGCAGGAUCGAGAAAUAAUGAGGGUACUUGUUGAUUGCUGUUUGCAAGAAAAGGUGUUUAACAAGUAUUAUAGUGUCUUGGCUUCCAAAUUAUGUAGCCAUGACAAAAAUCACAAGUUCAGCUUGCAGUAUUGCUUAUGGGAUCACUUCAAGGAACUCGAAUCAAUGGAGUUAAACCGCUCAAUGAACCUUGCAAGAUUUGUUGCAGAGAUGCUGUCUAGCUUCUCACUCUCCCUUGCUAUUUUGAAGACUGUAGAUCUGACAAACCCUGCACAGCUGACACCUAAAAUGAUCAUGCAUUUCCGAAUGCUUUUUGAGGCUGUUUUUCAUAACACUGAUGCCCUUGUCUGGAACAUCUUCACUCGAAUAUCUGCACUCCCAGAGCUUGAAAUGCUGAGGAGCAGCCUUGUGUUCUUCAUCAAGCAGUAUGUUGUUGCUGCGAACUCGGGAAAAUCCUUUGCUGGCAAAUUCCAGAUCGCGAAGAAAGUACUUGAUAAUGUGGCUGGGGUCCUCAUGUAAUUUUCUUCGAGUAGGUUGACAGUUCUCUCUUCCUUUCCCCCCUUCCGUUGGUUGUGCGAUGAUUGGGCUAUGUUAAGUUGUUCCAAUUUUGAUUUUCCUGAGACUGUAAAUUAACUAAUGUGAGUGCCGAGUGCCGCUGAACAGUUUCGGUGUAACGGUUGAGCGUAGGAAGUAAAUUUCUGAAAUAUAAGACAUCAACAUUCCAUUCUA